CCACCCUAAAUCCCUAAUCACCACAAAUCCACUUCAGCUCUCACCAUUCCUUGCAGUUUCUGAGGUUCUUAGUUCUGCAAAAUCUUCAGCUUUCUCUUCUGUUAUUCCAGCGCAAAGAAUGGAUGCUCAGCGAGCUCUGCUAGACGAACUCAUGGGGGCGGCUCGUAAUUUGACGGAGGAAGAGAAGAAGGGGUAUAAAGAAAUAAAAUGGGAUGAUAAGGAGGUUUGUGGAUUCUAUAUGGUUCGAUUCUGUCCUCAUGACCUCUUUGUCAACACUCGCAGCGAUCUGGGAGCAUGCCCUAGGAUUCAUGAUCCUAAGCUGAAAGAAAGUUUUGAGAAGUCCCCAAGACACGAUGCUUAUGUGCCCAAAUUUGAAGCUGAACUGGCCCAGUUUUGUGAGAAAUUGGUGAUGGACCUGGAUAGAAGAGUUAGGCGUGGACGUGAACGUCUUGCACAAGACAUAGAACCUGCACCUCCUGCACCAUUAUCAGCAGAAAAGUCUGAACAGUUAUCUGUUUUGGAGGAAAAAAUAAAGAACCUUCUAGAACAAGUCGAGGCCCUUGGUGAAGCUGGGAAGGUGGAUGAAGCUGAAGCACUAAUGAGAAAGGUGGAGAUGCUUAAUAUUGAAAAAGCAGCCCUAACUCAAAAACCCCAGACCCAGAGUGAUAAAGCCUUGACACUUGCUCAGGAGAAAAAGAUGGCCCUUUGUGAGGUUUGUGGUUCCUUUCUAGUUGCAAAUGAUGCUGCAGAGAGGACUCAAUCUCAUGUUACAGGAAAGCAACAUAUUGGUUAUGGAAUGGUUCGUGAUUUUAUUAGAGAGUAUAAGGCAGCUAAGGAGAAGGCAAGGGAAGAGGAAAACUUAGCUAGGGAGAAAGAAGCUGAAGAACGGAGGAAGCGGAGGGAGAAGGAAUAUGAGAGUAGGAGGCAAAGAAGUGAUUCAAGUGACAGGGACAGGUACCGUGAUCGAGACCGACAUUCAGACCGUGAUUUAGAUCGUGAAAGGUCUCGAGAGAGGAAUGGUAGACAGAGUCGAGACGGGGGAAGAGAUCGGAGGUACAGGAAUGGAAGGGAUGAAGGCAGGGACAAGUACCGUGACCAUAGCAGGUCACGUUCCCCUAGUAGACAUGGUCGCAUGAGAUCCUCUAGAAGUCCAAAUCGUCCGUAGUCGAUUGAGUAUAUAAAUUUCUGAGCUUUGAAAUUAAUUGAGGUAGACUUCCUACAUCUCCUAGUUCCAUGAAUGAGUGCUUUCGGAGUCAUGUUAAAUUUUGCGAUCAUGGGUAAAACUUUUUCUUGGUAUCUCACAGCAUUGUUGAUACCAACUCCCUUUGAUCAAAAUAUUAUUAGAGAGCAAAAGGAUUGAGGUAGGUAUAACAACGUUAUUGUAACUCUCUUUAUGCUGUUCGGAGUUUUGGACUGAAUUUCUUUUGUGCGUAUUUCUUGAAUUAUUUUUUUCAAGUUUCUUAUCCCUUUGAUUGAUAAGCUGCCGCAAAGGAUGAUCUAUUAGCAACUACGAGGUAACACUUGGAUAUUAUGCAUCACCAACAUGCCAAAUUUUCAAUAAUUUACUAACCUUUUUGUUUUUUUAUUUAAUUUUACGUUGUUUUUAGAUCAGUUAUUGUUUGCAAAUGCUGUUUUUGUGGCAUAAUCCAGGGGGUAUUCUAAGACACACCAACAAGGUAGUACUUACCUUUACCCUUAUGUCCUACCAUGGCAGCUUAUUUCCCAGUACCGCAAUACAUUCAUUACCUUGACAAGUAUUUAGUUUGUGAGGAUGGUAAUUUGUGGUUCUGGUUCUGCCAUUAGUGGUUAUCAUUGUUCUUGUAAAUACUGUACUAUAUUUCUACUUGCAGUUUGUGUUUGAGGGCAGAAUCGCUUGUGU